GGAAGGAUUUCAGAUUCAGAGUGUUGUUGAAUAUCGAACUGAAAUAAGUUGCUAUCGGCUAAAUAUCUAGUGUCGUGAGAGCGAAUACAAUCGGUUAUCGGUGUACAUAGCAAAAGUGGAAUGCUGAAAAAAGGAACACUUGGGUGCCAAUAUUAGGCAUUGGAUGAUUGGGUUUAUUUUUUUGUUUGCGCUCUCUGCUUAGCCAUUUGCAAGAUUUUAGAGUAAAAACAAGAUUGUGUAAACGUUGAUUGUGUUGUGCUCUCUAGGAACGGCCUAAGGAGUGGUAAGUGAUUGUGGUGACUGCCGCCCCUAAAAGUCUCAUCAAAACAAAAGCUGGUGAAUAUAUAAGUUACAAAGAUAAUCCAGUGUUUAAAUAAGUGAUAAGGAUUUUGCAUUGCUUUCCUGGAUAAAAUCGUCUAUACUUGGCCAGGAAUGGAAGAUUUCACCCCGCUGAUCAAUCUACAGACUCUCUAGCAGCAUCUGCUCUCUUUGUGCUUUGUGCAAGCGUCUUGGCAAAAUCUUUGGAUGAAAAAUAAAUACAUAAAUAAAAGGAAAACGGAUACAAGAUAAUUGCCUGUUUGGCGGAAACCGGCACAUACAUUAGAAAGCAAAAGAAAAAAAAUCGUGAUUAAUCCCAGAACCCUGUAAAUCUUCCAACAUCUAAUAUAUUAAAACGAAACAAACGGAGAUCGUUGGCGGUAGGAGAGACGAAAUCGCAGCAGAGUUUCGUGCAACAGUUUUGCUUCCAAUUGUUUCCCGUCUGUAACACCUGUUACCCCUCUCACUAUAGGGUUCUCGAAGGAUGAGGAACGAACGAGAACCAUUGCUAAGCGCAUCGGACAACUCGCUGGAUACGGCACACAAUGAGCACCAGCACCUAUUAGCGAGGCCGGAUCUGCGCAGCUCCCCAGAGAAUAUGAUCGUCGAUGUGGGCAACGAUACUGAUAGCCUUUCACAGACAGCCGCCAGAGAGGAUCCGGGUGCGGCCAAAGAGGGAUAUGAACCAUCGUUGCACCGAUCGUUGAAACAUCCUACCAGCAAUGCGGACACGAUGAUUCACUUGCUGAAGGGAAACAUCGGAACGGGGAUCCUAGCGAUGCCCGAUGCCUUCAAAAAUGCCGGACUGUACGUGGGUCUGUUUGGAACGUUGUUGAUGGGUGCGAUCUGCACCCAUUGUAUGCACAUGUUGGUCAAGUGUUCGCACGAACUGUGUCGACGGUUACAGCUUCCUUCGCUCAACUUUGCCGAGGUUUGUUCGCGAUCGUUCGAAACGGGACCGGUAGGGUUGCGACGGUACUCGAGACUGGCAAGGAUAGUCGUCAAUUUGUUCCUGGUAAUAACCCAGUUGGGCUUCUGCUGUGUGUAUUUUGUGUUCGUGGCCGCAAAUCUACGGGAAGUAGUCGGGUACUAUUUCUUCGAUCUAGACACGAGAAUCUACCUACUGUUGCUGUUGGUUCCGAUGGUGCUACUUAAUCUGGUUAAAAACCUGAAGUUCCUGACACCGGUUUCAUUGAUAGCGGCUUGUCUCACUGUGGCAGGUCUGGCGUGUACGUUCUACUACGUAUUACAGGAUUUGCCAAAUACGCACACGGUGAAACCGUGGGCAUCGUGGGCUCAACUGCCGCUCUAUUUUGGAACAGCAGUGUAUGCUUUCGAAGGAAUUGGAAUUGUUCUGCCGUUGGAAAACAAUAUGAAGAAUCCGGAGGAUUUUGGAGGAUGGACUGGUGUGCUUAACACCGGAAUGGUGAUUGUUGCCUGUCUGUACACGGCAGUAGGCUUCUUCGGAUAUUUGAAAUACGGCGAAGAUGUCCAGGGAAGCAUCACACUCAAUCUACCCGGUGAUCAAUUAAUCGCCCAACUGGUCCGCGUUAUGAUGGCCCUGGCCAUCUUCUUCUCCUACGGGUUGCAAUUCUACGUGCCAAUCUCGAUUCUGACCCCACCGAUGCGACGACGUUUCGACUCCCAGCAGGCCCAACUGAUCGGUGAGUAUCUGCUGCGUGUCGGGAUGGUCGUGCUGACCUUCCUGCUGGCGGCCAUGAUUCCCAAUUUGGGGGCCGUCAUCUCGCUGGUCGGUGCAGUCAGCAGUUCCACGCUGGCUCUGAUCUUCCCGCCGUUGAUCGAGAUUGUGACCUUCUGGCCGGACAAGCUCGGCCGGCAUUACUGGAUCCUGUGGAAGGACAUUGGCAUUAUGGCGUUCGGUAUCUGCGGGUUCGUGUUCGGAACAUACACCAGCGUGGCGCAGAUCAUCAAUCCGGAUUUGCACUGAGGCGGGGGUGGCAUACGUGAGAGGAAACGCGUAACACGGAUUGAUUUCUAAGCUUUUUAUGCAAUACAAGAACAUCUGAAAACAUACAACAAAUAAUAAAUUUAAAUAUACAGGAAAUUAGGAAACAAGCAAAAAGAUGAAACAUUAAAAGAUCUUAAACACCGACGGGGUGUGUGAUUUAAUUACAACAAGGUUUUAGUUUUAACCGUAUGAUAGCCAUCGAUUAGGUUAAGAUUAUGAACGGAGCGAAGUAUAAUUCUGAAGCACGAGGUAAAUUAUAGUUUGUAGAGAAAGACGGGAUCCCAAGAACAAUGUCGAGUGUAUGGUUAUGUGGUUACUGUAAUUGUGGAACUAUAUAUUGUGGAGUUGUGUUAACAUUUGAGUGUUUCAAAGGCCAAAUAGUAUCUACUCUAGCGGCAGUAAUUGCGUAAAAUGAAUAAAAAGUUCUGUUCAUUUGUUUAUCAGUAGAUUGUAAGAACUGUGCGAAUAGUAAAAAGUGCAUUUUUUGUAAUUACUAGAUCCAUUUAAUGUAAUUUACCUUCAAAUAUAUGUUUCCUGUAAUGGCCAAAUUUGUUUCUUCAAUGAGGCUUAAAUGGAGAGGCGAACUCAUAAACGUGAAUAGUUCUUUUUCUUUCGAUAAACAUUUCCAGGGUGAAUACUCGAACAUGCUAUUCAAAUUGAAGGCCUACAAUGGUUUUGUUGCAAAUGCCAAUACAGCACCUCUUGUUUAGAACAUGAAACAUUAAAUUGUUUUAAAAUAAGAAUUAAAGUGAGUGGAAACUGUUCGUUUUCGUUAUAACCAUUUUUAUUUAUUGUACAUGUGAUUGAAAAGCGUCGUAAUAAUAGGUCGUCGUUGCUGAAUUUAGACUAUCACAGGUAUACAAUCCAUAAACUGGUUAAUCAAUCUCAAAAUAGCAAAUCGUCAAGACUCAGCCAGUAAUUUUUGUCAUAAAAAUCGUUAAAAGUGUGGAAAAAGUGCUAUACUAUUUUUCUUUAGAAAUGCCAUUGUAGUCGCUUUUGUAUUACUGAUUAUUUGAAACGCACGUUCGUCUCUUGAGCCUUUUCAAAUUAUCCUAACGCAAAAAGUAACUAGCCAGAAAGACCGCAAACGUAAUUACCAGCUACGUUCUUCUAUACUAGUUCCACAAUCUGAUCCUAGAUCAGAGUGAUAAUAGCCCCUAGAUUGUAUGUAUGUUAAGUGACGCAUUAGCUCCUACACGUAACGGUACGUUACUCUUCCGAUAAACUUCUAGCUCGACAAUAAUCUAUAUUAAGGUAUCAGCAUUAAAUAUGAUUAUUAAGGUAUUAGCCAAUGGAAAUUGAAAGCGGACGCUAUUGUUGUUUAAAUUCGUUUUGUUAAGUUUCCAAAUCUAUCCUCCACUGACUGUUUCUUCUCUACUUACUGAACUCCAUUCUACCGAUAAGCUAAUUUGCAACCGUCUUUAUUGCAUGUAUGAUGAAUGACAAA